AUGCCUAGCACUUCCAUACGGCGUCUUAACAACGAGGCGUACACGGUCGCAUUAAUAUGCCCCUUGGAGGUUGAACUGAGUGCGGCUCGAUACAUGCUUGACGAAGAGCAUGGAAUGCUUCUGGGAAACAGAAAAGAUCCAAACAUAUACAUACUUGGAUCCUUGAGUGGGCACAAUGUUGUGCUCGCGGCACUCCCAAAGGGGUCACAGGGAACGGCAUCCGCGGCGGCCGUCGCCAUCCACCUAAUUCGCACUUUCUCGGCAAUCAAGCUUCGUUUGUUGGUGGGCAUAGGUGGUGGCAUUCCUAGCCUUGCUAACGAUAUUCGUCUUGGGGAUGUGGUUGUAAGCGCUCCUGACGGUCUUAUUGGAGGAGUAGUCGAAUAUGAUUUGGGUAAAGAAACCACAAACGGGUUCAAGAGGAAGGGUGUACUGUGUCCUCCGCCUGCUGAGUGGAGAAAGGCUAUGGCAAACAUGGCCUCAGACCACCAAGUCCGAGCAAACCGGAUUGCAGUAUUUCUGUCGGAUAUGUUGCGCAAAUAUCCCACAUUAACAGAGUAUCAAAGGCCACUGCCGGAGACCGAUAUCUUGUUCCCAGCGGACUAUAUCCACGCUCAGGACGGGGAAAGCUGUGUCUCUUGUGACGCAGCUAAGGCCGUGAAACGAGCUCCGCGAACACUGCCUCACGAGUCACGCGUCUUCUAUGGCAUCAUAGCGUCAGGAAACCGUGUCAUCAAAGAUGGCACAAAGCGGGACAGCAUAGCAAGGGAGUCAGGUGGCGCUAUGUGUUGUGAGAUGGAGGCUGCCGGACUUAUGGACCAAUUCCAAUGCGUUGUCAUUCGUGGAAUUUCCGAUUAUUGUGACUCUCACAAAAACGAUGACUGGCAUGCUUAUGCUGCAGGCGCAGCUGCAGCCUUAGCGAAAGAAGCCCUGAUGUACAUGGAGCCUCACUAUAAUACACCGCGCGAAGAACAUUCAUCAGAGUGGAAAGCCAACGUUCUCAAGCAGCUGUAUACCUGCAACUAUCUAAAUGCUAAGGAUAGGAACCCACAAAGAGUUGAGGGGACUUUUCAAUGGUUCACAAACCAUCAACUCUUUCAGAAUUGGAGAGAAAACCAUGGACCGGGCCUUCUCUGGGUUUCAGCCGACCCUGGCUGUGGAAAAUCUGUCCUGGCCAGAUAUCUUUUAAAUGAAGUUCUGCUUAGUUCAGAGACAAGUGUGGUCUGCUACUUCUUCUUCAAGGAGGAUUUCGAGAAUCGGAAAUCCCUUGUGGAUGCUUUAUGCUGCAUUCUCCAUCAGAUCUUCGAGCAAAUACCGCGCCUGCUUUCCGACCGUCUCCGAUCCAGGUUCGAAAGUGAGACUGGUCACAUAUAUCAAUCGGUCUGGAGCUUGUGGUCUAUUCUUUGCGAUCUGGCGGAGGAGCUUCCGGAUGAGCAAGUUAUUUGUGUUCUGGAUGCCUUGGAUGAAUGUGGGUGCGACGAACAAUCACAACUGACCGAAUGUUUGACCAACCUCUACCAAAACACAACGGCGUCUUCGAAAUUGAAAUUUCUCGUCACCAGUCGACCAUAUAGCGCUAUUCAGAGAAGGUUUCAGUCUCUAGAGAAUAACUUCCCAGCCAUUCACCUACGUGGAGAAGAUAACGAUGAGGUACAGAAGAUAGCGGGAGAGAUCAAUAUGGUCAUAGAGCUUCGAGUAGAGGAGCUUGCAGACAGGCUACAACUUCUGGCAGACGAGCGCAAUCUUCUUCUCUCUGAGCUGACCUCCGUUCAAAAUCGAACAUAUCUGUGGAUCGAUCACAUCAUGAGUACCUUAGACGAUAUAUUGACGGUCACUCCCACUAGUAUACGUGCAGCGAUCAGAAGACUACCGCGCUCCCUUGACGAAGCUUACGAUCAGAUAUUACGCCGCACUCCAGACCCCGAUCGGGCGAUGAAAAUCUUACAUAUUGUCGUUGCCGCAAAUACACCUCUGACGGUGGCGGAUAUGGCUACUGCAGUGGCUGUAUUAGACCGGAAAUCACCCGAAGACCAGCUUGAGAUCGAGCCAGAGCAUCGAACAAAACGGUCAAUCCGGGAAAUAUGUGGUCUUUUCAUCACUAUCAUCGAUUCAAGAAUAUACCUCCUACACGAGACCGCGAGAGAUUUUUUGGUGUAUAAGGAAGGUAAAAGUGAGCCAAUUCCGGACCUGACGUGGAAAGCUUCGUUGAUUCCGCAUGACUCAGAAUGGAUAUUGGCGAAGGCUUGUGUGGGUUUUCUCCAUUCUACGGAUCCAAAAAUGGCCUUAAAAGACCAAAGGGACCUUAUAAUGAAGUUCAAUAGGACUCCCUUCCUUGAAUAUGCUGUCAAAAAUUGGAGCAAGCAUGUCUUAUCCUCUGGUAUCGAAGAGGACCCAACGACACACUCACAGAUAAUGGACAUCAUUCGCCGCGGUGAAGCCUUCUGUCUUGGGUUCAAUAACGAGCCAGCAUCUAUACAUCAGCCCACUCCCUCAACCACUCUGAUGCGAGCAUUAUGGCUGGGAUUACAUCGUACCGUUCAGACGCUACUACAAGACAAAGAUAUCGAUCUGAAUUAUAGGAGCACCUAUGGUCGUUCGGCCUUAUCACUCGCAGCAGAGUAUGGGACAUUUGACGUGCUGGAACUCCUGCUCAGACAAUCUUGGUCUUUCCCCUUCUUAUUCCGAACAACGCGGUGGAUUGAUGUGAACGAAGUGGACAAUAGUGGGCUAUCGCCACUCGCACAUGCAGCAUAUAAUGGUAACGAGAGUAUAUGGAAGAACGCCCUUGGGUAUGCAGCGGGACGUGGCCAUCUCAAUAUCAUCAAGAUGCUUCUUGCUACCGGCAAGGUCGAUCCAGAUUUCGUGGAUUAUGCUGGGCUUACACCCAUUGUCUACGCAGCAGAUGCUCAGCAUGAAGAUGUUGUCAGUUUCUUACUGAACACCGGGAGAGUUAAUCCCAAUCGGAAAGACAGUAGAGGUAUGACUUUACUCUCACGAGCAGCACACCGUGGCCACGGAAGUAUUGUUCGGAUACUGCUCGACUUUGGAGUCAAAGACCUCAACUCUAAGGACAAGUAUGGACGCACUCCACUACUGCAUGCUGCACUCACGGGACAUGGGAAUAUUGUCAAGUCACUCCUGAGUACCGGGAUACCUGACCCGAACUGUCGGGAUGCCGGUGGUAAGACGCCGCUCGCGCAGGCCUCUUAUUAUGGCCAUGAUGUGAUAGUCGGGCUACUACUUGAGAACGAUGAGGUCGAUCCUGAUGUACAGGACAACCAUGGCAAGACACCACUGGCUCUUGCCUGCCAGGGAGGCCAUAGAAGCAUCGUUGCACUACUGCUCAAGACCGGCAGAGUGAACCCAAAUUCAGAGGACCACUAUGGCACAAAACUGCUUACACAUGCCACGGAGUGUGGAAACGAGGACAUCAUUAAACUCAUUUCGGAUGCCAUUAACAGUCGGGACAGUGAAAGUAGUCCGAAUACCUCUUCUAGAUCUUCACUGCAACUAGACGCAGCGCCUGAGUUCCAGCCAGCGAUUGACGCGUUCAUGGUAGAAGCCAAGCGAAACCAUCAGAUUUCCUGGAUAUGGCCAAGAAAUAUUCUAUAUCCGAGAUGGCCGCAGAAACAAACAGUCAUUCCAUACAAGGGUAGCUGGCUGUCCCGGUGA